CAUACAAAUACAAACUCUCCUCCUUUCAAAAGCGCUCUCUCUAGGAUAUUGAGUAUUGAGAAAUAUCUCUGAGCCGGAGUUUCGAUUUCACCAAUUCUAAUUAUAAUAUCCCUAUUCGUCUUCUCUCUAAAUCGCAUUAUUUUCUCUCUCUUCUGGGCUGCUGUGGUGGCUGAACGUUAGAGCGAAAGAUCUGUGUUUGAGAGUAUGCCGCCGCCGGCAGUUGAAGGAGGUGGAGGAGGAGGAGAAGGGCGACAGCAGCAACAACCGCCUGGAUUUGGACAGAUGAUUACUGGAGUUAUAAGGAUAGCAGUGUUUUGGUACUUUGCCUCCAAGUUCUUCUCUCCAAAGAAGCCUAUGGAGCCUUCGCUCCAGAUCUCAAAUCUCUUCCACAAAGGCGAAUCGCUGGAUAUGUGGUUUUAUCUUUCUGAACAUGAAAAGUUCAAUGAUUUCGGUAGUGAAGGUGCACUUGUCUGGCAUGAGACAAACAUUCCUUAUGCAGUUUGGGGACCGGAGAGCACCAGGUCUCUCUCUUUGAAGUAUUAUCCAUCUGAGGCUUUGAAGCACAAUGGGAGUCUUUUUGCUCAUGUUUUCUUCACACGUUCUGCUUAUCCUCCGGAUCCCAAUGAUCCCGAGUACCAGCCAUUGGCUGCCUUUGGGAGGACGCAUCCUGUCGUAACAUUCAUGCCCAAGUCAAAAACAGAUAAAAGGAAGAGCCUGUUGGGGAAUUCAAAAGGCUCUACUGAGGGUGAAAUGGCGAAUGAGGUGAUUGAAGACACUAAACUUGAUUCCAAAGAUGAGGGCCCUGUUGAAUGGGUUUCAUAUUGGAAACCAAAUAUUACAGUUAAUUUAGUUGAUGAUUUUACAGGAUAUCCCCAUAAUGCCAUUCCACCUAAUAUUGCUCCUUACUUGAAUACUGAGCCGAGUACAGGGAACUACUAUCCUACCAUUUUCUUCAACGAGUUUUGGUUACUUAGAGAUAAGUUGAUACCGAUCAAUGAGACAUCGAUGGAGUUGCUACUGAAUCUAGAGGUGGGUCCCAUAAGCAUGACCAAGUGGCAACUAUUCCUGCAGAUCGAUCAAUCCUUUCAGGUUCACCGGAAUUACGGAAGCAUGCUUGAAGGCGAGGCUGAUGAACUUAAGAGAGUAUUCUUGGAGGGAAAUCCUGUCCUCCUGGUGAUUACCAUGGUGGUCUCAUUGCUGCAUUCUGUUUUUGACUUCUUGGCAUUUAAGAAUGAUAUCCAGUUUUGGAACAAAAACAAGUCUAUGGAAGGAUUAUCAGCAAAGUCAGUUGUUGUGAGCUUUAUUUGUCAGCUCAUUGUGUUCCUCUACUUACUUGACAAUGAUACUUCAUGGAUGAUACUUGCGAGUUCUGGAAUUGGUUGCUGCAUUGAGUUCUGGAAAAUAGGGAAAGCCAUGCACAUUGAGAUUGAUAGAUCUGGACGGAUACCAAUGUUGAGGUUUCGAGACCGUGAGUCAUAUGCUGGGAACAAGACAAAGGAGUAUGAUGAUCUUGCAAUGAAGUAUUUGUCCUAUGUGCUCUUCUGUCUUGUUGCCUGCUCCUCUGUAUACUCUCUCAUGUAUGAACGCCACAAGAGCUGGUACUCUUGGAUUCUCUCUUCACUAACAAGCUGUGUUUACAUGUUUGGUUUCAUUAUGAUGUGCCCUCAAUUGUUCAUCAACUGGAAGCUGAAGUCUGUGGCUCAUCUACCCUGGAGGCAGAUGACUUACAAGUUUCUUAAUACAAUCAUUGAUGAUCUCUUUGCAUUCGUCAUAAAGAUGCCAAUACUGCAUCGUCUUUCUGUCUUCCGUGACGAUGUUAUAUUUCUGAUAUAUCUAUAUCAGAGGUGGGUUUAUCCAGUUGACCGAAAGCGGGUGAACGAGUUUGGUUUUGGUGGCGAGGAUGACGAUGGGGCCUCCACUAGUACAGAUGUGACAACAUUGAAAGAAGACGAGAAGAAGACCAACUGAGAUGGUUUGAUAUGAACCAUUUAAAAAUGUAUUACAGCACAGCCUGUGAAAUUCACUUGGGAGGAUUUCUCUCCUAAGGUUUUGAUACUCAUUAUGUUUUUUUUUUUUUUUUUUUGGAAUUCUAAACAGUUUUACAGUGGGUUAACACAGACUACAAUGGUUCUUGGGUUUCGGAUCUUCUGUUGGGAGAGUACCAAGGCCAUGUUUUAUAAGACAAAAGUAAAUAGGAAUGUCCAUUCAUUGGGAAUGUUUUUCUAAGGAAAAAGUUUGAAUGUAUUUGACUGUUGAAUGUUCCA